GGUGUAAGACAGCCCUCCUCGCUACAGCUCAGUCCAGAAACCUCUGUCUUCCUUCCACCACAAAUCUACGGAGCUGCACUGAGCUGUCGUCAGCCAUGGAAGACCAGUAUCGGGAUUUCCUGGAUCUUUUAUAUGACACCUACAACACAUCUGACCCAGCCUAUGUCGUUAGUAAAACCGUCAUGCUCUGUUCAAAGGAGACUGUCAAUGAGUUUGCUUCCAAAUUUAUCCCAGUCUUCUAUGUAGUCAACUUCCUCCUAAGUUUUAUUGGAAAUGGGCUUGUCCUGCUCAUCAUCUUCAAGUACGAGAAGCUUGUUGCAGUGACAAAUAUCUUCCUCCUGAGUUUGGUCUUCUCCAACCUUCUCUUUGCCUCCAGUCUGCCUUUCUGGGCCACAUACCAUUGGUCUGAGUGGAUUUUUGGGACCUUUCUGUGUAAGGUGGUCAGUAGUGCCUACUUCAUCGGUUUCUACAGCUCCAUCCUCUUCCUCACACUCAUGACAUUUGACCGAUACCUGGCAGUAGUGCAUGCGGUGGCAGCUGCCAAGAGCCGGAAGAAGCUCUAUGCCAUCAUUGCCUCUGUGGUCGUUUGGGCCAUCAGCAUCGCAGCGAGCACGAAGGAGCUAGUUCUACGAAAUGUGUGGCAGCACCCAAUAAACGGAUUUAUCUGUGAGGAGUCUGGAUUGUCGGACAGAUCCAUGGAACGCUGGAAUCUGGUCACUUACUAUCAACAGUUUCUGCUCUUCUUCCUCCUUCCUCUGAUUAUGGUCAUGUACUGUUACAUCAGCAUCACUGUGCGCAUCCUGUCUACCCGCAUGAAGGAAAAGUGCCGAGCCAUUAAGCUCAUCUUUGUCAUCAUCUUCACCUUCUUCGUCUGCUGGACACCAUUCAACAUUGUCAUCCUCCUUCGAGCCAUUCAGAUCUCCUACAGCGGUGAUGAAGAGGAGUCAUGCUCUGACAAGGACGGUCUAGACUUUGCCUUCUACGUGACUCGGAACAUCGCUUACCUGUACUGCUGUAUCAGCCCUGUGUUUUACACCUUCUUGGGAAAGAAGUUUCAGAGCCACUUCAGGAGGCUGAUCAGUAGGAAGAUUCCCUGUCUGAAGAGGCAUUUCCCCAUCGGCAGCCAGAGCACCAGAAGCACAUCCCAGAGAGCACCACACUCUGCUAAUGAGCUCACAUAUACACAACACUGCCCAGAUGCUUGAAUAGACACAGAUUAAUGUCAUGCUGGCCUUUAAACUGCAAAUUUACUUCUUAAAAUUAAGAAAUUAGUAGAAUCAAAAUUCUGCUAAUGUGGCCAAACCUCAAUUUCACAUUUACAUCCUAAUCAUUUAAAUAUAUAGAAAUAACGAGGAGGUGAUGAAAGAUCUAGCCCAGGGAUGUCAAACAUGUGGCCCUCGGUCCAAAACUGGCCCCCUAGAUGAUCCAAUCUGACCCACAGGAUGAAUUUGGUCAUUGUGAAAAUAAUAUAGAAAAUUUUAACUGUAAUAUUUCAAAAUAAAAGUAACUAAUUCCUAAUUUGUCCACAUGAGGUUUAGUUUUUUAUGUGUAAGUGUAAAAUAUUUCCAAGGCAGGGGGAGACUUGUUCAUUCUUUUCUAUCUUUCUGGCUGGGAUGUGGAUUGUAAUGCACAUGCAAACGUGUAACUGAGGCACAACAUUGUCGAAACUUAUCAUCUCUAGAAAUUUAAGGUUGUUCAAAAUGUUUUCUAAAAUCAUAAUUCAUUAAAUGUAAACAUCUUGAUCAUGUACUUGUACUUCUUUGUAUUUAAAAAAAAAAAACAUAAAAUGUGGAGUUUUCAUUGAAUGUAAUGAUGUUAUUUUACUGGCUGGGCCCACUGGAGAUCAGACGGUGCUGAAUGUGGCCCCUUAACUGAAAAAAGUUUGACACCCAUGGACUAAACCCUGAAGAGAUGGCCUUAUUUCUGUCUAGAUACACCAGACAUUUAUAUUACUUUGUUUUUAAAAAAAAUAUCAAUGACAUGUAUAGAUAAGGAUUAGAAAUGAAGACUGAUACCAGGGCUGUUCAGAUCGGUGUGGUUGUAAAUAUACACUCAAGGUUCAAUAAAUUCUUUACAAAAAAAUCAAUAUUCAAAUCAGUUCUUAGAACACACCUUUUUUAAAAUGUUUUUGAUGUUUAUUUUUUAAAUUUACUGGAUGUUAUUUUUUACUUUUGAUUCUUUUCUAAUAAUUUGCAUUUCAUUCUCUUCUUUGUAUGUAAAACAGCUUUGAAAAUAAAGCAAAUAAAGC